CAGUAACAAGCCGACGCGACGCGCAUCUGUGCGCUCUCCAAAAAUUAAAUAAAAACACAAUCUAUUAACAACAGCAACAUAAAAUCUAUAAUAAUAUAAUAAUAAAACAUGGUUACUAACAAUUUCUUAUAAAAUAAUAUGGUAACAAUGUAGUUUCUGUUGUGUCUUAACAUUUUUUUAUCUUUGUUCUGCGUACUGCGCAUGUGAUGUUAUACGGCCAAAUUCAGUGAUGCUGGAACGUACGGUUGUAGUCAGGAGAGUGGAUACAUUUUUUACAUGACCGGGUCAUCAAACUGGUAUAACAUAACAGAUAUUUCGCCGAUGCAAUCGCCGCAUUUACUAAACGAAACAUGAUGAUAUCCCUGCGAUGUAUCAUAAUACGAACACAACCAACCGCAUCUCAAGGCGGAUCGUCUCAAUUAGAAGUCUACUUUUUUUAAUCUGUGCAAGUUUUGUGAUCUACUUGAUCGAGUUUGAUUCCACCAAAGAAAAUCAAUACGGCGAAGACGACUUGGUGAAUGAAGCGCUCCAAAAUGUCGCGAGCGACUUUAGAUACUACCACGUUUAUCGCAACAAAAGCAAAUUACCCAAAAACAUUAAGUAUAUUUUACUAUGGACACCCUAUGACUACGCACCAUUCUACACAAUGGGCGAGGGUCAAAGACACUUCAUCAGGAACAAUUGCACGGUGAUAAAUUGCUACGUCACCACCGAUAGAAAUUUUUUCGGUGGUGACGUUACUAUAUUCGAUGCAAUUGCUUUCAAUGGUCGCAAUCUUGGAAGCUUGAAACAAUUGAUAAACUAUUGGGAUUUGCCCAAAGAGAGGUCGCCACAGCAGAAAUAUAUAUAUGUUAUGACAGAGUCAGCUGAUCUCUACCCAGAGUGUGACGAGAUGUUUGACAAUUUCUUCAACUGGACUUACAGCUAUAGAUUAGAUUCCACAGUUAUAAACCCAUAUAUCAUUAUUAAAAAUAAAAACGGAGAAGUAGUGGGUCCAAGAAAGGAAAUGGAAUGGGUAGAUAUGAGCGAAGACGAAGAACUGUUGCCUUACGAGCAUAAUAAGACUAAGGCAGCGGCUUGGUUUGUGUCAAACUGUGUUAGUAGAAGUAAAAGAAAUAAGCUUGUGAAGGAUCUGCAACAUGCCCUCUCUUCAUAUGGAAUGGCUGUUGAUGUGUACGGCUCCUGUGGGACCCUACAAUGUCCAAGAGAUCGGAAAGAAGAGUGCCUCGAAAUGUUGGAGAAAAACUAUUUUUUUUACUUAGCUCUAGAAAACUCUUUUGAUGAAGACUACAUCACAGAGAAGGUGCUUACAGCAUUUAAUAAUAACGUUGUACCGAUAGUUUAUGGAGGGGCGAAUUAUUCCAGGUUUCUCCCUCCACACUCAUACUUGGACGCGCUACAAUACACUCCCGAAGAAUUGGCUGCGACAAUGGUUAAAAUGAUGAAGUCGAAAAAAUUGUACCAACGGUAUUUCUGGUGGAAACGAUAUUACAGCUACCUUGAUUACACCGCCGCAGCAUCUUACAAUUUAUGUUCCUUGUGUUCUACUAUCAAUAACAGUUCUUUAUUCAGCGAGACGAGUGUCUACGACCAAUUUAGACGGUUUUGGAAUCCUAAUUAUGAGAAACGGUGUUCCGGUUAAUAUUGACUCCAAGAAUGUUAUGGUUCUCUUUGUCUCUGUCUGGUGAGUCUCCUGUCAUUAUUAGGGGGUGUUCAUAAAUGAUGCCAUCAGCGCAAAAGUGGCUUAAAAUGUUCAGCAUGAAAACGAUUAACAUGUAUAUUCAAGGGUAAUAUCAUUUUUCAUUAUAUGUAGGGUUGUUACAAGGUACAAUGCUAUCUCUUAUCUGUGGUCUGACCAAUCUUUAUUACGUUUGGCGAGGUAUAUCACCAGGCAAAGUAGUGGUGGGUCGUUCACGUUUUUCGAGCCACCAAAACUCAAAUGCUUUUGUUGCACCUUUACAAGUUACCUAUAAAACACGUUUAGUCAUAUAUUAUUUUAUAAUUUGUCUCACUUAAUUUUUAUUGCUAAGUAAAAGAGGCCUCGCGAACUUGAUAUCCGUAGUUUAUGGGAUACCUAUGUCAAACAAAGUGUUCACAUCGAGUUGUUUUAAAAUAAAUUCGAUUUGAGCACUCUUCUCUAAACUGAGUUUUGCCCAUGGAGUUAGUGGGUACUCCGAAUUAGGUACUUACUAAAUCCAUGGUUUUGCCCCAAUCGCACAACAAUGGUUGACAUUGCUAUAACGAGACAAAGCGUUAUUUUACAUAAAGUUUUAACUUUUUUAUGAAUAAGAGGAUAAGUGAGUAACUACGUACCUAGGUACAUAUUUUUGUAAGGACCUAUUAGACCAUUUCAUUUUUGAAUCCCACCCGAUAAGUUUAAAAACACCUAUUUUAGUGUAUAAUAUGGCGCAUUUCGAUUUUGUAUAGGUUUACUCUGUAUCAUGUGUCUGCCGGUUUUUGUAUCAAAGCAUAUAUCAAUUUGGCAUCGCAGUCGGGUAAUGGAAUUUUAAAGUGAACGGCGAAGUAAGAGUGCAUUUCACUUCUCCCUAUCGAGUUUAUUUCGCAGUGAGACGCAGCGAACCAAUUAUAUUGAGCUGUGAUUGUCGUUGCAUCACAAUGGCGCACUGUGAUUGGUUAGCUGCGACUCACUGCGAAUCAACUUUAUGGUGAGAUGUAAAUAGCGAAGUCGCACUACGCACAUGAAUCAGUUGUUAUGCAAUCAUUUUUUUGAGUCUGUUGCGUUAACAUGCGUCCUAAGUAAGCGUCGAAAGCAACAAGGUACCGAUGUUUUUUUGUGGCUCAUUCACAGCAUCAGGCUUAUUCGUAUAUUUAGCGUUGAUAAGUGCAAUAUUACAUUUUGUAUUAUUUGAAAAUUACGAAUUUUCUUUAAGUAAAACACACGUAAUUUUUGAAACAAACAUUGUGAUCGUGUAGUCUUAUUGUUAAAACAAUCAGAUACAAUUCUAAUGAAAUCGUGUGAAAUUAAAAUCACUUCAAAUCCGAGUCUAAUGUGUGAACUUAAAUAAUGUUAAGUAUAUGCCAUAUUUUAAUGAAAAAAUCGGUGCGUUGUGCUAGUGUGUAAGAAACAAUAUUUUACAUGUUAUUUUCAACGCAAGCCAUGCAGAGUUAUGCCAUUCACCUAUUACGCAAGGUAUCGUUCCAUUUUUUUUUAUAGUUUUUACAAUAAGUGUCGUAACAUGAAGAUGAAGAGAAGUCAAAUAUUAAUUUAAACAAAAUAUAUUCUAAAGUAAAACAUGUAUUAAUUAACGAAAGUAAUUUCCUAGAGAGUUUAUUUUAAUUUAUAUUACUGUGACAUGAUAUGAUUGUUAAUACUUAAUUAUAUAAUAUUUAAUUGAUAAGACUUAAAGAAAAGUCAUAGUUUAAUAUAUGAACCAUUUUUUUUCUGUUAUUUGGUGCAAUAUCUGAGACGCAUGCUUUGCACAUGCAUAUCAUGCACGUAUGUUUUCUUAUGAUUGUUAGUUUUUUUUUAACAAUUUAAUACAUAAAGUGAGAUAGAGUAAUUUGAGUUCCUUGUUGUUAAAAUGUAUAUACAGAAUGGAUGUUUAAACACCAGUCAUUUUCACACUAUUCUAUUCUGUGUGGCAUGUGUUCUACAGUCUGUCAAGAACCUAUUGCUUUAUUUUAUAUUGUGAAAAUAAUAAAAAAAAAUCGUCUAUUUUUUAAGUUCGAUUAGCUGACUGUAAUUUGUAUUGGAGAACAAAAAUAAUUGUAAUUUUUGCUAUUCUUGGGAUAUAAACCUCUAUUUGCAACCUGCCACCUAUAACGCUAAUUAAUCGCUAAAUCGGAUUUGAAUCUCGAUCGUUUAGCUAUUUUUUUAACGUUCCGCUAACGCGAAAAUUGUUCAGAUUCUUGGAUCAAAUCUAAACGUAAGUUUAAGAUUUGAUCCAAGAAUUGUUCUAGUUUCUAAGAACCGUGCGUCAUUGCUUUGUCGUGUUCCGUUACGACGACGCAGCACUUUGUGCUCCGUUGUUUUCUAUAGGUUUUAACAUUGAUGUGCGUUGACGUACGUCGAAGCUUCAUACAAUUUCUACGUUGUUCUGUGUUGAUCCUUCGACGACAUUGUGAUGGAAAACGACGGAGCGAAAAGGAGCAAUGGGGCAUGGCUGUAACUUGUAACCGAAACGGUAAAAAAUAUGCCGGAACGUAACAGUUAGCAGCCUGAAUAUAUUGCUGCGGAUAUUCGACUGGACUUUGAAACAUGCUGUAUAUUCUAAUUUAUCAUAUAAUGACAUAUUUGUUAAAUAAUUACAAAACGAAUUAUUUAUAUAAAAAUAUUAGGAUGAGUUGCACCAGUCACUUUGACGUUGACCUUAGAUUGCACGCCACCGACGACGUUUACACAAAAUGGCAUACUUUGCGUUUUUAUGCGCAAGUUAAAGCUAACGUCAAAUAUGACUGGUGCAACGCUUUUAGGGUACAACCCACAUUUAAAGUAAACAACUUGCUAAACAAAUAAUCCUCCUAUUUUAAGAUGUCACGUGAUUAAAUGGGACAUUCUAGUUGUGAGUAACUUUUAAUCUUGGGUGGAUAUUCGGUUUAGCAAGCGUUCUAUAAAAUCGAUGUGUAGUGAGGCUAUAUUUUUAAAAACUGACAAUUAAUUCUGUAUGUUCUAUAUUGGUUGAUAUAAUUUUUGCAUUAUUUCAUAUUUUUAUAUGUACUUAGAUUUGGACAAAAAAUAAAAUUAUAAAUGUACUUACCGAAUUAAAAAUUAAUUUAUAUUCUGCAUUGUCUUGAGGUGGCCGCACAAGAUUUAGGAAAAUUUAAUAGAAAUUUAUGUAAUUACGUAUGUACGUUAAUAUGUUUCUGAAUACUAAACCGGUGUCCUAGGUAAGCGACAAAAGCAGCAAGUCGGCGCGAUUCGAUGAGACCACAUGUGUAUUUUUUCUUAUGGCUGCCUUAUCGUAACUUACUUAACUUCGUGUAUACUUACACGAACAGCUUCCCACAACGUCAUUUGUGCUUUUACAAUUUGUAAUUGUUUGUGCAAUUAAAGUUUAAUAAAUAAUUUUAUACCUUACGUUCAUAUUGAUAUUAUUUAUUCGCCAACCAAGUGUUACAAUGAUCUUAAAGUAAUUACAAAUACUGCUUCAAAAAUACGUAUAUUAUAAAUAGAAUCUCGUCCUGCAGUAUUUCGUCGCUCAUUUAGGAUGCUGGGUUACGUUUUUUAUUGAAGAACAUUAAAUUUAAACGAUUGAUUAUGAAAUUGCAAUCUCCUAAGUACUUGUUACAUUGAUGGUUAAUUCAUAUGUGAGUACCUACGUAGUAAGUACUAUUGUUUUAAUCUAAUAAUGCUUAGCGACCAUCUUACUUUAUCACUUCACUUCACUUUUUAAUUUUAUGGCUCCAUCGUUUGGCCAAACGAUGAUUUUGCCAAUGUCAAGGUUGAGAAAGACACUGUUAUAAUUAUUACUAAGAAUUAUAAUCGGUUAUCUUACUUUAUUUUUUGAAACGAACGUAUGUCAAAGUCAAAAAUAUUUAUUCAAUGAUAAGAACUACAUGAAUAUUUUCACGACAAAAUUGGAAUCGACAUCCAGAUUAUUCCAUUCAGCAUCUUGGCCCAACACGGGCCACAACCGGGUAUUUUUUUCUUUUUGUUGAUCUAUUAUGCACAGAUAAUAAUAUCCUUCUCCAUUUUUACAUCUAUCUCCUAUUAUUCGAAUGUAGAUAAAAAUGUUAUUGUUGUCUAAAAUGAAUUUAUUUUUAUGUUGUGUAAAAAAUAUAUAAUAUAAAACAAAAACGUACUUUUUUAUUAUCAACUUGUAAUACAGGUUGUUCUAUACGACUGGCCCGCACGAUAACCCCGCCGUCAUAUUCUUAUCAAUCGUAAAUUGUGACUGUAUUUUGUAAAACAAAAUAAAAAAAAAAAUAUAAAUAAAAUCCUUUAUGUAGUCAUAUUGAUAAAAAUGUGAUGGUAGCUUACGCUUUGAACACAGUUAUAAACUUGCUAUAGAUGCACCCAUCGAAAUUUAUUAAGCUAUACUUGAUCUGCUUAGCUUGUUUUGGGAUAUGGGUGUACGCAUACCCACAGGUUGAUUUAAGCAUUGCAUUGAACGCGAUCCCAAUCAACAUUAUGAAUAAGAAACCCCAUUCAAAAGAGGUGAAUACAAAUUUUAAAGCGGUAAAAAACUCAAAAGUCCUUAACAUCUUGUUGUGGCCAAAUGCGCAAUUUCCUUUUAACAAAGUUUUACACGAAAAAUCUGCAUUUUAUCAAACUGAUUGCCCAGUGAAGAAUUGUUUUAUCACCUCACUUAAUGCAACAAAGGGCACCUCACCUAAUGUAAUAAAGAAGGAGUAUAUAUUUAAAUCAUUUGAUGUCAUUGCACAUAUGGGGGAAAAUCUAUCUAAUCUAAGUAUACCAUCUUACAUUAAAAGUUAUUAUUAUGGAAUACAUGUUUACUUCAAUAUGAAUAGUAGUCCGAAUUGUGAAGUACAAGAUAAAACUUUUGAUAAUUACUUCCACAGAACAGCAACUUAUAGACUGGAUUCUGAUAUUCCUGUUCCUCAUUUACUUGUUAGAGAUACAGAUGGAAAUCAGAUUGGUCCAAAAAUUAAUAUGGUUUGGACACCCGAAGAGGAAGUUAAUGAUAAUAUAACAGCUGGCAUUAUUAGAGGAAAAUACCGAGCAGCAGCUAUUAUCGACUCAAAAUGUGAUACGUUGAGUUCGCGUGGGGAAUUGAUAGCAGAACUGCAUAAAGAAUUGCAUAAAUUCGGAUACAAAGUUGAUGUGUAUGGAAAAUGCGGCCAACGAAAAUGUUCACAUGAUUGCAAUGAAAGGUUGGGGAUGAACUACUAUUUCUAUUUGUCCUACGAAGAUUCGUUGGAUAAAGAUUACGUAACGGAUCAGUUGUUGAUACCUCUUCAAAAUAAUAUGGUACCGAUUGUCUAUGGUGGAGCAAACUAUAACAUGUUCCUACCACCAGGGUCGUAUCUGGACGCGUCCAAAAUGACUGCAAAUCAACUGUCGAAGACCAUGGCGCGUCUAAUAGCAUCUCCGAAGAAAUAUCUGCAAUUUUUUUGGUGGAAGAAAUACUACACAUACCACGAUCCAACUUUGAACGAAAAUAUUUGCAAUUUCUGUGCGUAUCUUCAUAGAAAUGACGUAAAGGAACUAAGUGAAACAUACAAAUCGUUCAGAAAGUGGUGGAAUAUAUAUGGGUACGACUAAAAUUUUCAAUUUUC